AUGUGCGGCGUCCUCGCAAUCCUCCUCGCUUCGCAGAACAACGUCGCGCCCGAGCUUGCAGAAGGCCUCCAGCUCCUCCAGCACCGCGGCCAGGAUGCCUGCGGCGUCGUCACGUGCGGGCCCAAGGGCCGCUUCUACCAGUGCAAGGGCAACGGCAUGGUUCGCGACCUCCUCGACGCCAAGUCGCUCAGCCAGCUCAUCGGCGGCAUGGGCGUCGGCCACGCUCGGUACCCGACUGCUGGUUCGUCGGCACAGUCCGAGGCGCAGCCGUUCUACGUCAACUCGCCGUACGGCAUCGUCUUCGCGCACAACGGCAACUUGACCAACACCGACCACCUGCGCUACUACCUCGACCACUACGCCCACCGCCAUAUCAACACGUCGUCCGACUCUGAGCUCCUCCUCAACCUCCUCGCCGACGCGCUCCAGAAGACGGGCAAGUUCCGCAUCGACGGCGACGACAUCUUCCGCGCCGUGCGCGAGGUCAUGCAGACGACGUCGGGCGCGUACGCGUGCACGGCCAUGAUUGCCGGCUACGGCAUCUUUGGCUUCCGCGACCCGCACGGCAUCCGGCCCAUGGGCUGGGCGAGGCGCAGGAGCGAGACGGUCGACGGCGGGUGGGACUACAUGAUGGCGUCCGAGAGCGUCGUGUGCGACGCGCUCGGCUUCCAGGACUGGACCGACGUCAAGCCCGGCGAGGCCAUCAUCAUCACUCGCGAAGGACUCGUGACUCGUCAAUGUGUCCCGGAGCGUACCAUCGCUCCGGACAUGUUCGAGUUCGUGUACUUCGCGAGGCCCGACUCGGUCCUCGACGGCAUCUCGGUCUACCGCUCGCGCAUGGCCAUGGGCGACGCCCUCGCCGAGAACGCGCGCAAGAAGCUCGCCGCCGAGGGCAUCAAGGUCGACGUCGUCAUCCCGGUCCCGGACACGAGCCGCGUCGCCGCCCUCCAGCUCGCGCAGAACCUGGGCGUGCCGUACCGGGAAGGGUUUGUCAAGAACCGGUACGUCGGGCGCACGUUCAUCAUGCCCGGGCAGGAGCUGCGCCGCAAGAACGUGCGCCGCAAGCUCAACGCCAUGGCGCUCGAGUUUGCCGACAAGACGGUCCUGAUCGUCGACGACUCGAUCGUGCGCGGCACGACGUCCAAGGAGAUCAUCCAGAUGGCGCGCGACGCCGGCGCCCGCAAGGUCAUCAUGGCCUCGUGUGCCCCGCCCAUCCGCCACCCGGCCGUCUACGGCAUUGAUAUGCCGAGUCGCAAAGAGCUCGUCGCACAUGGUCGCACCGAGGACGAGAUCUCGCAGUACAUCGGCGCCGACCUCACCAUCUUCCAGACCCUGCCCGACUUGGUCCAGUCGUGCGCCCAGUUCAACCCCGACAUCCAGGAGUUUGACUGCUCGGUCUUUACCGGCGAGUACGUCACUGGCGGCGUCACCGAGGAGUACCUCGCCCACAUCGAGGGCCUCCGGGCCGACAACGCAAAGCAGCAGCACAACGGCGGCCACAUGCAGCCCGUCCUCGAGACCCAGCCGCUCGACGACGUGACCGGCGGCGGCGAGGUCGCAGGCGGCGGCGACGUGAGCCAGGUCGUCGGCCUCUCGAACGAGUCGCUCCAGGAGCACGAGCUCCCGAGCCUCGUCGUCGGCCUCUCGAACGAGUAG